GUUGUUGAUCUAUAUUCUUCGUAUUCAAUUUUGAUCUGUCUCCGGUCGUCUCUGUCUCUCUGUCCAUUUUUCGUGCCAAAGAAGAUUUUUGAGGAUUUUUUCAAGAAAAUAUGGAAUCUACAGGGAUCCAGCAACUGCUUGCUGCUGAACAGGAAGCUCAGCAAAUUGUCAAUGCCGCUAGGACCGCAAAAAUGACUAGACUGAAGCAAGCCAAGGAAGAAGCUGAAACAGAGGUUUCUGAGCACAAAACCAGUACAGAGCAGGGUUUCCAGAGGAAACUCGAAGCGACAAGUGGAGAUUCAGGGGCAAACGUUAAGAGGCUUGAGCAAGAGACUAACGCCAAAAUCGAGCAAUUGAAGAACGAAGCUUCGAGAAUUUCCAAAGAUGUUGUGGAUAUGCUUCUGAAAAAUGUGACCACAGUGAACAACUGAGUAUAUCACAAGGAAACCAUCAACUGUUAAAUGGUGUGACAUGUUUUUUUGAGUGGAUUCGUUCAUUCCUUUCUUAUAUUGUUUUGUGGAUCCCAGAUUCGGAAUCUGUUGGUUUUUAUUUUCAAUUUGUGUCCUGAGUUAUUGUAUUCAUUUCUCCAGAAGAUGCUUAGGACUCUUGUUUUUGUAAUAAAAUUGAGAACAAAGGAGUCCAUUGGAUUUUGUUUCAUCAUGAAUACUGCAAAAAUAAAGUCUAACUACAUGA